AUGGCAGACUCUAUGACAGACGCCUACAUGGCGUACCUGCAGAUCGACCACGCCUCCGAUCCCUACACCAUUUUGGACUUAUCACAAGAUGAUGCUCCAACUGCCCACGAAGUCAAAGCUGCCUACCGUUCUUUGGCUUUGCUCCUGCAUCCCGACAAGGGACCAUCAGGCGCUUUCGCCGACACACAUCACCGUCUGUUCCUGAAGCUUCAACAAGCUCGAGACGACUUGCUGAGCGAUAACUCCGGUGCCCGGGAUGCUGCAGCAAUUGUCAAGCAUCUGGUCAUACUUGAGGGACCCAUUUCCUUGCAUCAGCGCAACUUCGACUUCAAGGCCAGGCUUCGCAACCGCCGCGUUGCCGCCAUCAAGGAGGAGCAUGAGCUAGCUGUAGCUAGAACGGCCUGGAAGCGAAAAUCCAAACCUGCGAGUGAGAAGCCCGAUCGUGCUGCCGAGAAGCUCGUCGCCCAACACGGAGGCAAGAUCACCAUCAAACAGGCUCGCCAGGCCGCCUACAACUUCGCACGGAAGCAAGCCGAACCCAAAGCUCCUCGGCAGCCAAAGACAUCCAGCAAUCAAGCAACUCUCAAGGCCACGAAGCACAAGAAGGCCGACACGAUCGAGCAACAACGCAACAGCAUGCAAGAGACUGUCGAGCAAAAGAUCAAGCAGGACCCCAUCCUCGCCACUCCACGCGAAAUCGCCCAUCGUCGCAAUAAGGAGCUCCUCAGUGGCCGCCCUAACAACACAUCUCUUGCCGAGGAGCGCCGACGCGACAACACCCUCAUAGCCAAAGAGUUCGAGGCCGAGAAGUGGAUCCAGUCGCAGGUCGAGCCUCGACUGGCGAAAGCUGUCGCCAAAAUGCAGCAUCGAGGAAUCUUCUUAGCUGCGGGAUUGAUUGACUACGAGAACAUGGAGUCGAAGAUCCAGCAGGAACUGCGCGAUGAGGCGAAGUGGUACUUUGGUCUUGAUCUGAGCGAGUUCUUGGGGAUUCACUGA